AGGAGUGCAAGUUGCUGAUGAAGUAUGUCGCAUUUUUUAUGACAUGAAAGUUCGGAAGUGCUCCACACCAGAAGAAAUCAAGAAAAGAAAGAAGGCUGUCAUUUUUUGUCUCAGUGCAGACAAAAAGUGCAUCAUUGUAGAAGAAGGCAAAGAGAUCUUGGUUGGAGAUAUUGGUGUAACCAUAACCGAUCCUUUCAAGCAUUUUGUGGGAAUGCUUCCUGAAAAAGAUUGUCGCUAUGCUUUGUAUGAUGCAAGCUUUGAAACCAAGGAAUCCAGAAAAGAGGAGUUGAUGUUUUUUUUGUGGGCACCAGAACUAGCACCUCUGAAAAGUAAAAUGAUUUACGCAAGCUCCAAGGAUGCAAUCAAAAAGAAAUUUCAAGGCAUAAAACAUGAAUGUCAAGCAAAUGGGCCAGAAGACCUCAAUCGGGCUUGUAUUGCUGAGAAGCUAGGUGGCUCCUUAAUUGUAGCUUUUGAAGGAUGCCCUGUGUAGCUCAUCAUUCAGUGCCACAGACCGAAAGCUUCCGUGUUUAAAGUUACUCUCUUUCUAUAUAAGUAAAGCAAAUAUAUUUAGGCCAGGAUCUCACUGUGGGGGAGCUGUCUUACCAUCUUCUAGAGUAAAUGAAAUAGUCUCUAAACAUGUGCAGUGGCCCGAAAUAAACCUAAAGUCUAAAGUUU